AUGGUGCGUACUUCAGCGCAUAGUCCGGAAUAUUCCAGGGUGCUUUUAGUUUUCUUUCGGGCAAAGCGUGUGCAGACUAGUGGGGCACUGGGGGCAUCGAGUUUAGCCAUUUCCACGGUGACCAGCCAGCCCCUCCCUUUCGGCCGUCUGGAGAGAGAGAAACACAUCGAGAUGCUUUUCAGAGCUUUCCACAGGAGAUGGAGCCCGUCCAUGGACCUGCAGGACUCUGCUGUCUCUGCAGCCCAGGGAGAUGGUGUCCCCUCUGGGUCACAUGUAGGAUUACCAGGGGCCCUGGCCCCUCUGAGUACAGUUACACAGCUAAGGAUCACAGCCAGACCUGAACUGCAAGGUCCACAGUGUGUCCCGCGCAGAACCUACAGCAUCGCCACGGAAACCAGAGAUCAGCUCCUCGUGGCUGUGGAAGAGAGCUCGUGUGUGUGUGUGCAGUGCUGCGGGCCGGCUCGGGCCUGUACCCUCCAGGCGUUUGACAGACAGGCCGAGCAUGUCUUCCUGUUCCAGAGGCCCCUGCGGGCAGACCUGUGCUGUCUCGGCUGCUGCCUGAUGGAAAUGAGAGCGUACACGGCAGAGGGCCAGCUCAUCGGCACAGUGUUUCAGAGGUGGAGUAUGUUCACGCCCUACUUCGAGGUCUGCGACUCUGAGGGGAACCUGCUGGUGAGAGUCCAGGGCUCCUGCUGUCCGGUCCGCUGCCGCUCUGAUCAGGACUUUCAGGUGGUCUCCGCCAUCGGCGAAAACGUCGGGACCAUAUGGAAGAGAUGGCCCGGAUACAACGAGGAGUGUAAUAUGGACCACGAGUAUUUUGGGAUAGAUGUUCCUCUGACCAUGAACGCUGAGACUAAAGUUCUCCUGCUGGCUGCCGCCUUUUUACUCAAUCACAUGUUCUUUGAGAUGAGUUGA